CAGGUAUGAGUCAUUGAUUGUGAGUGGUCGGUUGGGUUUACUCGGUGAAGGUGAACCUGUGUGUCACCACAAAAAGCUGGCUGAUGGAACGCCGGUUCCAGUUGAUUUUGACUCAUUCAAAUUGAUACGAGAUAAGGAGAAGAAGGUGUUCACAAUUUACAAAGCACAUGCAGACUUGCAUGACGCUGGAGUGUACACAUGCAGAAUGGAGGAAUGCCCGACAUGCCUUUCAAUAGAUGGUUUGCCGUCUACAACAGUCACAAUCUUGCCCAGGAAGCAGGAUCUAAACAUGCUCAUCACCCAUCGACAGUCGAAUCAGUGUGAAAAUCUACUCAUCACAGAGAAUGCAUUUCACCAGUCCGACAACAAUCAAACCUCUUAUAUCUACGUAAAUCAGACACUGUUUGUGCAUUGCAUAUUGAAUGUAUCACACGUCGACAAGAAGAAUGUGCGACUGAAUAUAACGCUUCGACCGAUGGGGCGUUCGCAACAUCACGUCAAUCAGCAGUAUCACAAUGACAAUAAUACACUCAAUUCAAUCGGAGACGAAUGCGACAAUCAGAGUAGUAUUGGUGUUUUCCUAAAACUCUUUGGUCAUCAGAGUUCACUGAACACCACUGUCAGUGUAACAUGCCAGGCGUCCAUUCGAUUCGUGGUCAGAGACUCGCUCGACAAGAAAGAACAGUCGAUAUUUUGUUGAAUACGACGAGAAACAUGACUACUCUGAAUUAUAGAAGGCCAUCAAUACUACCUGAGUCGAUUCAGUCGAGUCAGCAACAAUUAGUGCCAGCUUUGAGACAGGAUGAAGCUGUCGAGCAAACCCGGAUAAGGUUUCAGCAAAUCCGAGAUGAACAGGUUAUUGAGGAAGGAAUUGUUCAGGUUAACUACACCAUUGAACCUGGGAUUCCUAAAGGUUGGGCCUUUGCACGAACAGUUGAUAUGACACAAUCUGGUCAGCUAGUGGAAGAUCGGUGUACAACGGAAAUAUUAC